UUUCAGCAACUACAUGUUGGAUACAGCACAUUUACCGACCUUAUAUUCCUUUAAUCAUGUUUAAGAUAACAACUUCAAUCUUACUGAUGAUUAAAAUCGCAUGUAUCAUUUCACAGAACUGUUUUACCAGGGUUUACAAUGCCGCUAGAACAGGAGGUUCUUCUUUGCCCCCAAAUGAAAUUAUAUCAAAUCAUACCGUGAACUCAAGCUUUGUCCAGGUAGAGUGUCUUGAGCUCUGCCAAAAGGCACCGAAAUGUAUCGGAUUUAACUACAGAGACACGAUUAAUGUUGUGAACUGCCAACUGACCAACAUCACAAGAAAAAGAAAUCACACCGCAACGACUGAAGAAUGGACACUAAUGCUCGAUGACGAAGCGGCAAAGAAUAUGGAAGAAUGGAGCAAUGACAAUUCAGCUACCGGCUCCAGCUGUGCAGAUCUGUAUAACAAAGGAGUGAGAACAGAUGGUAUUUAUACCAUCAAUCCUGACAACCAGGGAUCUUUCCAAGUCAGAUGUGAUAUGAGCACAGACGGAGGUGGCUGGACCGUGUUCCAAAGAAGACAAGAUGGAAGUCAAAAUUUCUACCUCGGAUGGUCAGACUAUAAAGCAGGCUUUGGUGAUCUUAACGGCGAGUUCUGGUUGGGCCUUGAUAAAAUACAUCGUUUGUGGAAAUCUGGUCAAAAUGUUCUAAGAAUUGAUUUGAUGGAUUUCAAUAGCGAUAAACGUUACGCUAAAUAUGGAACGUUUAGUGUAGCUGAUGAAUCAGACAAAUACAGAUUGAAUAUUGGCAGUUAUUCAGGCAAUGCAAAGGAUUCUCUGGCUUAUCAUGAUAACAUGCAGUUCACUACUAAGGAUAGCGACAAUGAUAAAUACUCUGGUAAUUGUGCUGCAACUUACAAGGGAGCUUGGUGGUAUAAGAGCUGUCAUUAUUCUAACCUCAAUGGCCAGUACCUGGGUGCAGGUCAGACUAGUGGCAGCGGAAUAAGAUGGAACCAAUGGAAAUUGAACGUGAUGAAAAAAACGGAGAUGAAAAUUCAUCCAAACUAGUUUUAACAUGCAUGGACACCAAGAAAUGAACAUACGUACACACUUAUUCGUUUGUGAUUGAAUUAUGAUACAGAGAUAAUUAUGUAAUAGAGGAGUUUGCGGGAGUUAGCCUGUGCAACAAGAAGGAGUUUCGUUUUAGCCAGUCAGGAAAUUUGUUCACGUUUAAAUAACCCAAUAAGAAUGCAUAAAUCUUCAGCACUGCCCGGGUAAAAUGUAUACAGGGUAAUACAGCUUUUGCAAUAAUUUUACAUGAACUUUUCAGUAAUUUAUUUAGUUAAGCUGUAAUUUGUUAACCUGAGCUAAAAGCAAGGAUUAAAUUGAACCAAAAGAAUUAUUAGG